UAUUUCAGGAUCCGACUAAAGCAGGCACGAGCUUUACACAGAGAGGUUCCAGCGCUUUAGCUCUUGCUAUUUAACGCUUUAUUUAUUUUUAUUAAUUGAUUUUAAAUUAAUACAGAAGGUUUCUCACACCGACUGAACACGAAUUAGUUCAAUUAACCGAGAAUGGUUUUGUUUCGGUUUGGGGUCGUGUUGACCCCCGAGCGCGCGGAUAUCGAGGUGUUUGUAUCGGGAUCCCGGCCGGAACUCGGGCACUGGGACUCCGGUAAAGCGCUACUGAUGAAGCCGACACAGGCGCUGGCGUCCGGCCGCGACCCCUGCCUGUGGCUCGGGGAAGUGCAGCUCACAGAGCCGGACAAACAGCACUUCUGGUUCAAGUUCCUUAAGCGGCUUGAUGGGAACUAUAUUUGGGAAGGUAACGGCCCACAUCAUGAUCGGGAGUGUGUGUAUGACCAAAGCAACAUGGUGGAUGGGGUGUACUGUCUCCCGAUUGGUCACUGGAUCGAGGUGAGCGGCCACACAGAUGAGAUGAAGCACACGACAAACUUCUACUUCAGCGUCGCAGGACAACAGGCCAUGCACUUUUCCAAGAUCCUGCCGCGGAUUUGGCUGGGCAGUUGUCCUCGGCGGGUUGAGCAUGUCACUGUGAAGAUGAAGCACGAGCUGGGCAUCACGGCUGUGAUGAACUUCCAGACUGAGUGGGAUGUUGUAAGCAAUUCGCAUGGCUGCCGGCGUGAUCCCAAUGAACACAUGACCCCAGAGACCAUGAUGUACCUGUACAGAGACUGUGGUCUGGCUUACGUCUGGAUCCCGACACCGGACAUGAGCACAGAGGGACGUGUGCGGAUGCUGCCCCAGGCUGUGUACCUGCUCUAUGGGCUGUUAGAAAACGGUCACAGUGUGUACGUGCACUGUAACGCAGGUGUGGGCCGCUCCACAGCCACUGUCUGUGGCCUGCUGAUGUACGUGCUUGGUUGGAGCCUCAGGAAAGUGCAGUACUACCUUACAGCCAGAAGGGCGGCUGUAUACAUAGACGAGGAAGCUUUGGUACGCGCGCAGGAGGACUUCCUGCUGAAGUUUGGACGUUUACAGCCCUUGGUAUGCUGUUCUGAGGUGCAGGCAGGGGGACAAUGUUAGACAUAAAUACAAAAGGGGAUACUUAUG